GAGGAAGAGGAGAAAGGCGCAGGGGUGGGAGCUGUUGCCGAAGCUGCCACAGCAAAAGUUCUCCCCCCUCCCCCCUUCCCCUCCUCUCAAGGCCCCUAGAAAGGUUGAAGCUGCCGCCGCCUGCAGUCGGUGACCGCGCGACUCGGCAGCCGCCCGCGGAUAGAGGGAGGAAUCAACAGCUUGGAAAUUCGGCCAAGUGAUCUGGCGGGAUGGGCAUUUGCCUGACCUAUUUUGUAGAGGAAUUGGAUGGCAUAAAUGAUUGAAGUGGUAUUGAGGGUCUCUGAAGCCUAUGAAAGGUAGAAACUCAACCAUGAUUUCUUUUUCAACUCUACAGCAUUCCCUUCCUUGAAGUCUUCAUUUUUACGUUAGUCUCAGGCAUUUAUACUUAAGCAUGAACAUUGACGACAAACUGGAAGGAUUAUUUCUUAAAUGUGGCGGCAUAGACGAAAUGCAGUCUUCCAGGGCAAUGGUUGUAAUGGGUGGAGUGUCUGGCCAGUCUACUGUGUCUGGAGAGCUGCAGGAGUCAGUUCUUCAAGAUCGGAGUAUGCCUCACCAGGAGAUCCUUGCUGCAGAUGAAGUGUUACAAGAAAGUGAAAUGAGACAACAGGAUAUGAUAUCACAUGAUGAACUCAUGGUCCAUGAGGAGACAGUGAAAAAUGAUGAAGAGCAGAUGGAGACACAUGAAAGACUUCCUCAAGGACUACAGUAUGCACUUAAUGUCCCUAUAAGUGUAAAGCAGGAAAUUACUUUUACUGAUGUAUCUGAGCAACUGAUGAGAGACAAAAAACAAAUCAGAGAGCCAGUAGACUUACAGAAAAAGAAGAAACGGAAACAACGUUCUCCUGCAAAAAUCCUUACAAUAAAUGAGGAUGGAUCACUUGGUUUGAAAACCCCUAAAUCUCACGUUUGUGAGCACUGCAAUGCUGCCUUUAGAACGAACUAUCACUUACAGAGACAUGUCUUCAUUCAUACAGGUGAAAAACCAUUUCAAUGUAGUCAAUGUGACAUGCGUUUCAUACAGAAGUACCUGCUACAGAGACAUGAGAAGAUUCAUACUGGUGAAAAACCAUUUCGCUGUGAUGAAUGUGGUAUGAGAUUCAUUCAAAAAUAUCAUAUGGAAAGGCAUAAGAGAACUCAUAGUGGAGAAAAACCCUACCAGUGUGAAUACUGUUUACAGUAUUUUUCCAGAACAGAUCGUGUACUGAAACAUAAACGUAUGUGCCAUGAAAACCAUGACAAGAAACUAAACAGAUGUGCCAUCAAAGGUGGCCUUCUGACAUCUGAGGAAGAUUCUGGCUUCUCUACAUCACCAAAAGAUAACUCACUGCCAAAAAAGAAGAGGCAGAAAACUGAGAAAAAAUCAUCUGGGAUGGACAAAGAGAGUUCUUUGGACAAAUCUGACCUGAAGAAAGACAAAAAUGAUUACUUGCCUCUUUACUCUUCAAGUACUAAAGUAAAAGAUGAGUAUAUGGUGGCAGAGUAUGCUGUUGAGAUGCCACAUUCUUCAGUUGGGGGAUCGCAUUUAGAAGAUGCAUCAGGAGAAAUACAUCCACCUAAGUUGGUUCUCAAAAAAAUUAAUAGUAAGAGAAGUCUGAAACAGCCAUUGGAGCAAAAUCAAACAAUUUCGCCUUUAUCCACAUAUGAAGAGAGCAAAGUUUCAAAGUAUGCUUUUGAACUUGUGGACAAACAAGCUUUACUGGACUCAGAAGGCAAUGCUGACAUUGACCAGGUUGACAAUUUGCAAGAGGGGCCUAGUAAACCUGUGCACAGUAGCACUAAUUACGAUGAUGCCAUGCAGUUUUUGAAGAAGAAGCGAUAUCUUCAGGCAGCAAGUAACAAUAGUAGGGAGUAUGCGCUGAAUGUGGGUACCAUAGCUUCUCAGCCUUCUGUAACACAGGCAGCUGUGGCGAGUGUCAUUGAUGAGAGUACCACAGCAUCCAUAUUAGAUUCACAGGCACUGAAUGUGGAGAUAAAAAGUAAUCAUGACAAAAAUGUUAUUCCAGAUGAGGUACUGCAGACUCUGUUGGAUCAUUAUUCUCAUAAAGCUAAUGGACAACAUGAGAUAUCAUUCAGUGUUGCGGACACUGAGGUGACUUCUAGCAUAUCAAUAAAUUCUUCCGAAGUACCUGAGGUUACUCAGUCGGAGAAUGUUGGAUCAAGCUCCCAAGCAUCCUCGUCAGAUAAAGCCAACAUGCUGCAGGAAUACUCAAAGUUUCUGCAGCAGGCUUUGGACAGAACUAGCCAAAAUGAUGCCUAUUUGAAUAGCCCGAGCCUUAACUUUGUGACCGAUAACCAGACCCUUCCAAAUCAGCCAGCGUUCUCUUCCAUAGACAAGCAAGUCUAUGCAGCCAUGCCCAUCAAUAGCUUUCGAUCAGGAAUGAAUUCUCCACUAAGAACAACUCCAGAUAAGUCCCACUUUGGACUAAUAGUUGGUGAUUCACAGCACUCAUUUCCCUUUUCAGGUGAUGAGACCAACCAUGCUUCUGCCACAUCAACACAGGACUUUUUGGAUCAAGUGACUUCUCAGAAGAAAGCUGAGGCUCAGCCUGUCCACCAAGCUUACCAAAUGAGCUCUUUUGAACAACCCUUCCGUGCUCCAUAUCAUGGAUCCAGAGCUGGAAUAGCUACUCAGUUUAGCACUGCCAAUGGACAGGUGAACCUUCGGGGACCAGGGACAAGUGCUGAAUUUCCAGAAUUUCCCUUGGUGAAUGUAAAUGAUAAUAGAGCUGGGAUGACAUCCUCACCUGAUGCCACAACUGGCCAGACUUUUGGCUAAAAAAAAUGUGUAAAUAAUACUGGCACUUUAGAACAGAUUAAUCAAGAGUGGGGUUACUCUGUGUAAAAUGGAGUGCUGUACAGAUUUAAGAGCAAUGCGUUAAAACAAGUUAAGCUGAUAUGAAUAGCAAGAUAAUCCAAUAACUGCAUUUUGUUUGGUUAGUCAGCAUUCUUUGAACUGCCUUACAUGUUGUCACCUUUAUAGAAGCAAUGCAUUACUUGUUUUAGAUCAGAAACUUGCUAUUCCACCUACACCAAGUUUAAAAGGAAAAAAAAAAAAAGACUCUCGCACAAUUGUUUCCUAACGGAUAAUAUUGUACAUUUUUAGGAGAUUAGUAAUUGUGUGAAAUUUACUCAUACUGUUUCUAAGUUUUUCAGCAUAGUCAUGGCACUUCAGCAGGGAAUCUGAGUAUAGACAGAGUGAACUUAAAAGUUUAAAUGUCAAGAGAUUAUGGCUUAAAUAAAUUAGUGUGUCCUAUAGGGGGAAAAAAGGAAACCACCUUUUAAAAAGAAUGAUAUGCCAUAUACCCUUGAUUUUCAUUUUGCAUUAUAUUGACAUGUUUUUUUUUUGAGAAAAAAGUAAUAAAAAUCUGAUAGUCUAAGACUCCACUAUUUAAAAGCCUAAUUACUUUAAAAAUAUGCAUACUUUCAAAACUUUUACCAAAAUACAUAACUGUUGAAGCAUUCACUUCUGUAUGGAAGUAUGCAUAUUGGUGUCAGUUUCUUUGUACAGUUGUACCUAGAUAUUUUUUAUGAUUUUUCAUGUGCAAGUAUCAAGGUUUUGAAGUUUUAGUAAAAAGAUAUUCUGUAGAUUACAUUCCCAAGAACAUAAUGCUUAUACAAAAUGUAUAUUCCACAUUUUAAAGCUUAAUUGUAUUUUACUUUACAUAUACACUUCAGUUAACAUAGAGCACUUAGAAUCUAUUUGGUAUUUUUGAUUUCUCAAAGUAAAAAAAAAAAUUUAGAUUUUUAGGUUUGAUAUGGUUGUGUCAUAAUCAUCUCAUAAUUGAAAAUUUUAAUUUUUGGCAAUAAAAGGAAAUUGGAUAUCUUUGGAACUGUAAAACCUGGUUUAAUCCUUCUCUUUCUAGAAUCUUGAUAGAUUGGAUAAUUAAACAGUAUCCAGAGAAACUAAAGAAAUGGGCAUUUUAAUUGCUUAUUUUAUCUUGAGUUACUUUUUAAUGAACACUGCUCAUUACAAUUUUACAAACCAAGAGUGUUUACUAAUUCUAGUAACUACAGUUUCUUUUUCAGCUAGAUGAGUGAUCGGAAACUUUUUGUUGCAUUUCAAAAUCUAAAUAAACUACAGACUUUAUCCUUA